CAGCGAGCAGCGACUAUAAGCGGAUUCCGCAUUCAGCCGCGGACGGGCCGAGCGCGCGCGUGUCGCUGCCACGGACGCAACCUACACCAACACUGACGCCAUUGAACCGGGCGACUUGUCAUCAUCAUUCAAAAUGAUAGGCGUGGAGGAGCGCUCGCACCAGUGCAAGGAGUGCGGGCUGCGGCUGGCCACCCGCAGCGCGCUCACGGCGCACUCGCGCUCGCACCGCGAGGCGGCCGACGCGCACCGCUGCGACGUGUGCCACAAGACCUUCGCCGUGCCCGCGCGCCUCGUGCGCCACUACCGCAUCCACACCGGCGAGCGGCCCUUCAAGUGCGAGUACUGCCACAAGAUGUUCAGCGUCAAGGAGAACCUGCAGGUGCACCGCCGCAUCCACACCAAGGAGCGGCCCUACCGCUGCGGCGUGUGCGGCGCCGCCUUCGAGCACUCGGGCAAGCUGCACCGCCACGCGCGCAUCCACACGGGCGAGCGGCCGCACGCGUGCCCGCACUGCCCCAAGACCUUCAUCCAGUCGGGCCAGCUCGUCAUCCACCUGCGCACGCACACCGGCGAGAAGCCGUACCGCUGCCCCGCGCCCGGCUGCGGCAAGGGCUUCACGUGCUCCAAGCAGCUGAAGGUGCACUCGCGCACGCACACCGGCGAGCGGCCCUACACCUGCGAGAUCUGCCUGCGCGACUUCGGCUACAACCACGUGCUCAAACUGCACCGCUUCCAGCACUUCGGCGAGCGCUGCUACCGCUGCACCGUGUGCGACGGCACGUUCAACACCAAGAAGCAGAUGGAGGCGCACAUAUACAAGGAGCACGGGGCGGAGGCGCCGAGCACGCCCCCGGCGCAGUACUCGGGGCCGCUGGUCGUCAACGGGAACGUGAUGUGCGACAUCGUCGAGGCGGCGCUGCAGCAGUUGCCGCCGACGCCGCCGUCCUCGCCGCCGUCUCCCCCCUGCCCCGCGCCUUGCGCCGCCCCCUGCACCGUGCCGUGCGCCGCUCCCAAGUCAAACCAGACCCUGUCGGCGUCUCUCUCGAUCCUUUCCCUGACUCCGUCGCCGUCGCCGCCUGCGAUAAACACUUCCGUGACGAUGAUGACUCUCGCGCCCUCCUCGCUGCCCCCCCGGAAGCGCAAGCUCCUCCUCCUCCCGCACGUGGAGUCGGUCCCGGCCGAGCCGGUCGUCCGUCACACGUCCGUUAUACAGUUCGCCCCCGCGGCCGCGGGUUUCUCGUAGCAGUUUAUUAGUUCAUAAUUAGUUUACUUUGGUAAGGCUUUAUUCUAAUCAGAUGACUGUAUGAAUCUUUAGCAAAUUAGAUUUAGCGAAGCAUAGAAUGAUUGACUAUUAAUGUAGUGUGUAAGAGCUAGGUUUGUGAUGUUUUGUAUGCUGCAAUGAUGUUUUGUUUUAAUCUUGAGAAAAGACUAAAAGAUGUUCGAUGUAUUUGUGUUGUCAAUAUUAAUAGAAAUAAGUUUUGUAUUUAUCUAUCUACUGUGAGUGUAAACAUUUGUCUCAGUAAAAAUGUAAACUAUGAA